AUGUCCGCCGAAAACCAAUUCGAAAAGGACGUUGGCCCUGCUGCCAACAACGACACCAUCAACCAGAACGGCGACGGUAGCGGUGCUCCCGCGGCUCCCAUUCUGUCUGCCGAGGAGCAUGAGGUUGCCCGUGCUGCUGCCCGUUUCGGCUACGGUCCUCUGUCGCACGUCAACACUGCUGAGGCCCGUCUGCCCCCGUUCGGUGGUGAAUUCCAACCCGGUCUGUACAAGCCGGUUGAGGGUCGCAAGUUCGCCAACCCAGCUCCUCUGGGCCUGUCGGCUUUCGCCUUGACCACUUUCGUGCUUUCGGCUAUCAACAUGGGUGCUCGUAACAUUACUGAGCCCAACAUUGUCGUUGGUCUGGCUUUCGGUUAUGGUGGUCUUGUCCAGUUGCUUGCUGGCAUGUGGGAAAUGGCUAUCGGUAACACCUUCGGUGCGACCGCGCUCUCGUCUUACGGUGGUUUCUGGCUCUCGUUCGCCAUUGUCUUGACUCCUGGUGGUUUCGAGAUCAUGAGCUCGUUGGAGGAAGCUGGUGGCGCUACCAUGUGGAACAACUCAUUCGGUCUGUACUUGAUGGGCUGGUUUAUCUUCACCACCAUCCUGCUCUUCUGCACCCUCCGCUCCACUGUCGCCUUCUUCCUGCUGUUCUUCUUCCUUGACCUUACCUUCCUCCUGCUCGGUAUCGGUUACAUCCAGCGUGACUCCCAGAACCAGCCCAACAAGCCCGUGCUCAUGGCAGGUGGUUUCUUCGGUCUCCUCGCCGCCUUCGCCGCCUGGUACAACGCCCUUGCCGGUCUGGCCGACAACAGCAACAGCUUCUUCAUCAUCCCUGUUGCUCACUUCCCUUGGUCGCCCACCGGUCGCACCCGCCGUGGCAAGACCGACCGUGAGCAGGCUUAA